UUUUGUCUCUGGCUGAAGUGGUAGACAGCAAGUUCUUACAUCAGCUGAGCACACUAGAGUGAGCACUGUCAAUAAGUCCUUUUAUUCCUCGGCUUGUCAAGAAACACAGCCCUUGUGAUCUGAGUCAUUGCUCCACGUCCUGCCCUGCACCAGCAUUUCCUCAUUCAAGGCACCAGUUCCUCACAGCAGCGUGUUUGAAUCUCAGCACAUUCGCACAGAAACUGAGAGGUUCCACAUAGACUGAAGAAGCAGCUGGAGCACCUGAUGAAGCUUCCAACAGGGAGGGAUUCAUAAAGGCUGGGAAGGCACAAAAAAUGAAAUGGGAGACUGCUCUCUGGAUGGUUGCCUGCUCACUGUUUUGGUCUCUACCUAGAGGUCAGCCAGACAAAACAUGCAACGCCUUUGUUGGAGAAACUGUCAUUUUGCCUUGCACCGCCACCUCUCCUGGGGAACUGAACCCUUCCACUUCAAGGCUGUACUGGCAGAUAGACUCUCACGUAGUGCACUUCUUUCAAAGCGGGCAGAACCUGUUGAAGUUCCAGGACAAACAUUACCAUGGCAGAACAAGCCUUUUUUUGGACCAAAUUAAGCAUGGCAACUUUUCCUUAAAGCUUUCCAAUGUCCAGCUACUGGACGCAGCAACAUAUACUUGCAUCUACAAACAGAUUGGAGAUAAUCCCAACAAAACACAGAAAUCUAAAGUUAAACUAAUUGUAACAGUUCCACCUACGAUUGAGGAGACUCCUUUCCCUUCUGAACGCAUGAAGAUCUCCUCCAGAAGCCCUGCAGCUAUGCCAUGUCUGGCCAUGCUUCCCCUCUCUUUCCACUUUCUUGUAAUACUGGGGUUUGGGCACUUGUAAUUGGGGAAGACAAACUUCUCUUUGGGAAGUUCUCCUCACCAGAAGACCUUGAUGGACAUAAACAGCUCUAUAGGGUAAGCAUGCAAAUGGCUUCAGAGCCAUGUGAAAGACCAAUAACUCAAAACAGAGCCAGCACCAGCUGCUUAUGUCCCACAACACCAGAGGCAGCCAAACUCAGAGGAGGCAAGUCUGCUUUUCAGUUGUUUCUUAGAUCCCAGCUUUAGCAACGCUGGUAUGAACCAUUUCAUUUGAAUUUGUGGAUUUGCUUUAAUCACAGGGCAAAAGACUCAUAAAAAAGGUCACAUUAUAACUGACCUUAGUGAGGUCUUUGGCCUUAAAUCUCAAGAGAAUUGAAAGGAGAAAAGGUAAUUACCCUCUGCAUCAGAUGACAACUGAAAGUAGGAAGAUGCUUGCAUUCUGUGGAACAUAAGGGCAGAAGCCUUCUGAGACCUGAGCCUGUGGAACUUCAGUUUCUAUUUUAAUUCUUAAGCAUCAUGGGUUAUCAAUAACAACAUUUUUUUCCAAAAGAAAUAAAGUAUUUCUUCAGUGGAAAGGUGAAGCUGACUGAGAAAGAUGGAAGUUCAUAAAACAUCAGCAUAAACAAAGUGAUGUAUCAUUACAAAAUCCACUUCUAAACAAGCCACAGGAGUUAGAAGGCUGAAUUAAAUCUUUUUCUUUUUGUCAGAAAUACAGCAAGGUAAAUGUGAUCAUUAUGCAAAAGCUGGAGUCUUAAGCUAAACUGUGCAAUAAGAAAUUGCUGCUGUGAUAAUGUCACUUCUUUCAAAAUGGUACCUUUGGGAGGAAAAAAUAAUUAAAAACUGGAAAGAAUAAUUGUAACUGAUACCUAAGCAAGUUAAAUGGGUUUCAGUUCUGGCAAUGUUCAAUUCAGGUAGCAUAGAUGUCUUGUGGAAGACUAAGAUGGAAAGGAUCCUGUAUAUCAACAUUAUCAAGAAACUGUAGAAGUUUUGCUGCAGACCAGAGCUGCUGCAAUCACUCUUACAGAACUGAGAACUGCCUGGAGAACUACCUCGCCCAGGCUGGUGAACAGUGGUGACUGCGACGAUGCAUUCCUGGCUGAGCCCUCAAGCAGAGGGAAGUGACUCAGAGAGGCCCACAUAAAGUCAUUUUGGUUUGUAACACUUCCACUCUUUGCAAAGGAAAGAAAGGAUUGUUCAUGCAAGAAAGGGAAGAGAAUCAAAAAAGAGCUUAGUGUGGUAUCCACUGAGGUAAAGGAGAUAGUUAACUUUGAAUUCCUUAGCACAGGGCCCUUUCCCACUGGAAGGGACAAAGCCCCACGCACAGCCUGUGCUGCUGCUGAGCUGAAGCUCCAUAGGUAUUUACGCUACCCUGAGAACGAAGCAGUUUAGUGUAAUAGCUGGGGUCCCACUUCAAAGCAAAUGUUAAAUAUAAGAAUUGCUAUUAUCUUGUUGUGCCUUGCACUCCAAAUGUUUGUCUCAGAUUCCAUGUAUUUUUCAAAACAAAAGUGGAUUAAAAAUAAAGACUUUAAAAAAUCCCACACAAAUGAAAAAAUGA